CUAAAAGCCUUAAUCCCGUUGCCUUUUUGAACGCGCGGGAAAAAGCAAACGUAAAGGGUUUCCGCGCGUAAAAUGGACUCUUCGUCGUCGGCGCUCUUCCCGGCGGCUGCUUGUUCGUCUGUAUUCCUCGCCGACGGCGAAAACUUCCCAAAAACCCCACAAACACUCUUGUAAGAUUCCAGUCCCCGCUUAUGUUCAAUUCUCAACAACCGUCCAAAAUCAUCAAAGUGUCCUCCGCGUAUGAAACCACUCCUUCGCUUUACCUUUUUCCCAGAAACGGAAGCAGAGCUCUGCAAAUUGGCUUUUCUACUUUCAAAAGUAAACAUCUUCUAAGAAUAGUGAUCCAACUUUCAUCUCCAUUAUAUCAAAGCAAAUUACGAAUGCCCAUCUUCACCUCACUUGACUCUGUGUAGAACGAAACGACUCCCUGAUUAAGCUCUCUGUUCAUCAACUCCUCUGCCAUGGCUGCUGGUGGUGGCUCCAAAAAGGUUACCUAUGCGCUGAUUUGGGCUGCUAUAUGGAUCCUAUGUUCUUCUUCUUGUCCCUCUCAAGCUGCUGUUGUUGCAACCCAAGACAACGACAACCCUUAUGAGAAACUAAGUAGUAGUAAUGAUGGGUCAUUGAUUGAGGCGGUGGGGAAGCCUCUUCCGCCGCCGAUGACUGGAUCGGAGACACCAGUACCACUAGAUGAAGAUGAAGAUGAUGGUCCGAUUCCGUGGUGGGUCGAACCGUUGUUCAUUGCGGGUGAAGUAUUUUUCUUUGUUGCGUCGGGAUCCGUUGUCGUUUGCAUAAUCGGUUGGAUCCUGAAAUCAGCCCACAAGGAAUGUGGAAAGGGCGUUCCAGUGACGGUGUAGUCACAGGGACCCGACUUGAUCGUCUUGGUCAAUUCUGUCAGAUCAAAGCUAUGUUGUCUCCGUUUUGAUUAACGAAUGAAUAAUGUAUUGUUUUCAAAUUCUUGUUAUUGUUAAUGGAUUUGUGAAAGUGGUGCGUGUUAUUGCUCUAGUCUUGAUCGAAUAAAGGAGAAACCAAUAAAACCACCGAUUUGAAUGGUGUGAGUCUCGUUGCUGAAAAAUUCGACGAGUCCGUCGAGAGAAACUUGAGGGUCGUCGGAUUUCAUCAGCUGUUGAGCGACUUCCGCCGGCGUGACGGGAACCCCUCUCUGCCAACCAAUCCUCAAUGCACUUAAACGAGGGAUGCUCUUUAACCCCAAGAUAGUUAUCGGCCAGCAAUCUGAACCCUUCAAACGAGCAGUAACCCAUGUGGAUGUGAACAUCCAUCCUCCCCGGCCGCAGCAGCGCUGGAUCAAGCUUCUCCUUGUGGUUCGUCGUCAAGAUUAUGAUCCUCUCGUCCCCGCAGGUCGACCACAACCCAUCAAUGAAAUUCAGCAGCUCCCACAAUACUCAAACUGCUACCCAGUUCGUUCCAACAUACAUCUCGCACCACUACGCUAUAUAGACAACCAGUUCUUUCUCGAUGAGUUGAGUUAAUUCGAAGGAAAACUAGUACAUUACCUGAUGUUCUUCACAUGCAUAGCCUUGCGAAUCGACCAUCGAUCGACAAAUGCCACCAUCAUAAACCGAUACCCUUUUGGAAUAUGCCAAAAAUUGACCCGGAAUAAAUCCGCCCAAAUCGGUGCUUAAUGGACUUAAUCAUCAUUGAAGAAUAGCCUCAGGGCGAAUCCGUGAUCUGUAGCCUUCAAAAUCCAAAGAAAUUGGCCUUUCGUCGCCCAAACAAUUAUGAAAAUGUCAUCCGAAAAUAAAUUGGCCCAAAUCGGUGCUCAUUGGACUUUUCAUCCGUCGAGAAUAGGAUCCAUAGACUUCAUUAUCGGUGGAGAAUAGUCUCUGCCUGAUUCCGAAAUCUGUAGCCUCAAGAAUCCAAAGAAAAUUACAUCUCGGAAAAAUCGCCCGAAAUCUGUGGUGGUACCCUUUGGAAUCUGCCAAAAAUUGACAAGGAAUAAAUCCGCCUAAAUCGGUGCUUAAUGGACUUAAUCAUUGUUGAAGAAUAGCCUCAGGACAAAUCCGUGAUUUGUAGCCUUCAAAAUCCAAAGAAAAUGGCCUUCGCCCAAAAAAUUAUGAAAAUAAAUUGGCACAAAUCGGUGCUUAAUGGACUUAUCAUUUUUCGAGAAUAGAAUAAUAGACUUCAUUAUCAGUGGAGAAUAGCCUCGGAAAAAUCCUGUGAUCUGUAGCCUCCAGAAUCAAAAGAAAAUGACAUUUCGAAAAAAUCUCCCAAAAUCUGUGAUGGUACCCCUUUGGAAUCUGCCAAAAAUUGACCCGGAAUAAAUCCUCCCAAAUCGGUGCUUAAUGGACUUAAUCGUCGAUGAAGAAUAGCCUCUGGGCGAAUCCGAGAUCUGUAGCCUUCAAAAUCCAAAGAAAAUGGCCUUUCGUCGCACUAAAAAUUACGAAAAUGUCAUCCGAAAAUAAAUUGGCCGAAAUUGGUGCUUAAUGGACUUAUCAUCCGUCGAGAAUAGGUUCAAUAGAAUUCAUUAUCGGUGGAGAAUAGCCUCUGCCUAGUUUCGUGAUCUGUAGCCUCAUGAAUCGAAAGAAAGUGACAUUUCGGGAAAAUCGCUUGAAAUCUGUUGUGGUACCCCUUUGGAAUAUGACAAAAAUUGAUCCGGAAUAAAUCCAUCCUAAGAAUAGCCUCAGACCGAAUCAGUGAUCUGUAGCCUUCAAAAUCCAAAGCAAAUGGUCUUUCGUCGCCCAAAAAAUUAUAAAAAUGCGAUACAAAAAUAAAUUGGCCCAAAUCGG